AUGGCUUCGAAAGCAGUCGAAGGUCCCUUCAGGGAUUCGACUAAAGAGGUCAACACCAUCCAGACCCAAGCUGCUACCGACACUUCAGCUUCGUCUUUGAAAGAGCAGGUCGCCCAGCAGUACGGGUCCACAGACGAACAUGUCUUCUCGGAUCCCAGCAUCGCCGACCACUGGCGGAAGGUCUACGAAAAGGCUUCAUACGAGAACCGCCACCGUUUCGAUCCCAACUACACAUGGUCGGCCGAGGAUGAGAGGAAGUUGGUCAGAAAGAUUGAUAGGAAAAUCAUGGUGUGGGCUUGGGUCAUGUUCUGUGCUCUCGAUCUGCACCGGCGAAACAUCAAUCGUGCAAUCUCCGACAACAUGCUUCCCGAACUCGGUAUGACCACCAACGAUUUCAACUAUGGACAAACUAUCUUUCUUCUAUCAUUCCUCGCUGCCGAGUUGCCAAGUGGUUUGGUCAGCAAGAAGCUUGGCGCCGAUGUUUGGAUCCCUUCGAUCAUGGUUGGCUGGUCGAUUACGGCAGGAUGCCAGGCUUUCUUGUCAAACCGUGCCGGCUUUUACGCUGUGAAGGCUCUGCUAGGACUCCUCAUGGGUGGAUUCAUCCCUGAUAUUGUUUUAUGGCUCACAUACUUCUACAAGUCUAAUGAGUUGCCUCUGAGACUCGCAUGGUUUUGGACAGCCCUCAGCACUGUCAACAUCGUUGGCUCACUCGUCGCCGCUGGUGUACUUCAGAUGCGAGGUGUCGCAGGAUGGGCCGGUUGGAGAUGGCUCUUCCUUAUCGAGGGUAUCGUAACACUCAUCAUCGGCCUUUUCUCAUGGGGUCUCAUGCCGCCUGGUCCUACACAGACCAGGAACUGGUUCCGUGGAAAAGAUGGAUGGUUCACCGAACACGAAGAGCUGAUCAUGGUCAACCGUUUGCUGCGGGAUGACCCAAGCAAAGGUGACAUGCACAACCGCAGCGAGGCCGUUGGACCGUCUCUUCUGUUCAAGGCGAUCAAGGACUGGGAGCAGUGGCCUUUGUAUCUGAUCGGCCUUACCACCUAUAUCCCGCCGUCCCCGCCGAGCACAUACUUGUCCUACAUCCUGCGCCGACUGGGCUUCUCGACGUUCCAGGCCAAUCUUCUCGCCAUCCCAUCACAGUUCCUGUUUGCCGUCAACCUCUUGAUUAUCUCUUGGGUUUCCGGAAAGUUCAAGGAGCGCGCCAUCGUUUCCUCCAUCUCAAACAUAUGGAUCUUCCCCUGGCUGGUUGCUCUCGUUGCACUUCCUGCCGAUACCAGCACUUGGAUCAGAUAUGCGCUGUUGACGGAUCUUCCCAUACGUAGAAAAUUGUAUUGUGCGAGUAAUCAUAUCAAAUAA